CUCUUCCCCUGAAUCGAAUAGUCGACAGCACCUUGUUGUACAUUUACACUUGCCAAUGUCCUGAAUACUCGCAUAUCCCAGCAAUUAUUGGCUUCUCGGCAGGUGCAGCAUUCCACUCGUCAGCAAGAUGGACAAUUCUACCCCCACAGCGAAUGGCAGACGGCACCGAAAUCCACUAUGGAGUCGAAUGCCAGACGAGCUUGAGAGGGACGUGCGCGGGUUCCACGAUCGCGUUGAACUAGAGGAUGUCGUAGACGUUGAUCUGCUUAUUCGAGGAGCACGCAUAGCUCAAAAUCCGACGAAUCUUGCCAUUCCCGGUCUAACUAAAGCAGAAAAGAAAGCUCUGUUUGCCGAAAAGAACUCUGAGUUCUUUCAGCAAUCCAAGGAUCUCAAGGUCACAAUCCUGACAACUGCGUGUGCUGCAAUUACCCAGGGAUGGCAGCAGUCAUCCAUAAAUGCCAGCUCAAAAUUCUGGAAAUGCGCCUUUGAUCUACAGCAUAAUGAGUUACUGGCUGGACUGAUUGAUGCGGCACCAUGGCUAUCUGGAAGUCUAGUAGGGGCCUGGUUGAGCGAUCCCCUGCAAGAGGGAAAAUACGGUCGGCGGCCUGCGCUUUUCGUUUCUGCUGUGUUCUGCGCUGUCUGUGUGCUUGGAAGCGCUCGCUGCGAAACAUGGCAGCAACUGCUGGUGUGUCGGUUGCUUCUGGGAAUUGGGAUCGGAGCAAAAGCGUCAAUCGCCCCUGUAUUUGCUGCUGAGGCAGCAGUUGACCAUCUUAGAGGACGGCUGCUAAUGAUGUGGCAAGUCUUUGAUACUUUUGGAAUUUUUCUCGGCUUUGCUGUUGUUUGGAUCGUUGACCACAACUGGCGGAUUAUCUUAGGAUCAGCUGCGAUUCCCGCCAUCGUCCUCUUGUUCCUCGUAUUUGCCUGUCCUGAGUUCCCUCGAUUCCUCAUGCGAACCAACAACUACAAAAAAGCCUACGAAAGCCUCCGUCAUCUCCGUGGAAGUGACAUCCAAUCCGCGCGUGACCUAUACUAUAUACAUAGUCAACUGCAGACAGAGACAGAACUGCUUCUGGAUACGCCUCCGGGGAACUGGUACAAUCAAGAGGCUUACCAAGAGGUUUUGAAGAACAUGGGCUUCUUUCAGCGAGUGAAAGCUCUCUGGACUAAGCCACGAAACCGCAGAGCUUGUCUGACUGCGUUUCUGGUCAUGGCGGCACAACAGUUUUGUGGGAUAAAUGUGGUUUCUUUCUACUCGUCUAUGCUCUUUGGUAAAUUGUCCACGGGUAGUGAUGGAGACUCGUGUUCCUCGAGAGUGCCCAAUUUCACAGCAGAAGAUACGCAAACGGCAUGGCUGAACUUCGGAUUUGGUCUCGCGAACUUCCUCUUCACACUUCCGGCCUAUAGAUACAUUGACUGGCGUGGUCGUCGAUUCCUUCUCCUGAUCUCCCUAGGGGGGAUGUUUUUCUCCCUCUUGGCCAUUAGCCUGUUCCUCCGCAUCCACGAUACCAGUGUCCGCCUUGGGCUCGUCGCCACCUUCACGAUUGGUUUCUUUACCUUUUUCUACGGGAUUGGGGCCGGACCGGUUCCGUUUACUCUUUCUGCAGAGGUGUUUCCACUUGCUUUCCGCGAAGUCGGCAUGUCCUUUAGUGUCAUGGUCAACUUCCUCAGACUCGGGCUCCUAGUUCUCUUCGUUCCAAAGUUGACUACUGCAUUUGGUGGAGAGAACCUAAAUGAUGCUACUGGACAAUCGAACCUGCUGUUCUUAUUCACGGGAUUGAAUGUUCUUGCGUUUGUGCUGGUAUUUUUAUUUGUCCCUAGCGGUCUAGCAAGGGUCAACCUUGAGGAAAUGAACUUUAUCUUCAAUACGAAAACAUCAAACCAUAUGAAGGAGCAUCUAGACGGGCUGAAAGGGGCUUGUGGCGGGGAGAAACGGCGUGCAAGCUCGGUAUACUCGAUGGAUGAUGUACAUGGGCCAUAGUGAAUGGGCUAGUCGUGGUGCCUGUAAUGUGUAAUGUAAUUAGAAAGUUCUUGGUUCCGGCUGGGGGCUUUUCCUCCCCG